AUGUCAUAUAAUUACACUACCGAAGUAGAAUUCGAUUAUCUAUUUAAAAUCCUAAUCAUUGGCGACAGUGGUGUCGGAAAAACUACGAUUUUACAACGUUUUGCUCAAGAUUAUUUCUCGACAGAAUAUGUCGCCACAAUUGGUGUUGAUUUUCAAAUCAAAACUAUCGAUGUUGAUCAAAAACGCUGUAAACUGCAAGUCUGGGACACAGCUGGUCAAGAUCGUUUCAAAUGUGUUGUUUCAUCAUUCUAUCGCAAUGCCAAUGGUGUUAUGAUCUGCUUUGAUUUGACAGAUUUAGAAAGUUUUCGUAAUGUUGGCAACUGGAUUGAAGAAACACGACGCAUGAUUCCCUACGAAACAAUCAAAGCCUUUGCCCAAGUCAAACAACUCUCGUAUUUGGAAACGAGUUCAAAAACAAAUGAAAAUAUCGAACGUUGUUUUUGUGAUUUUACAGCAAUGUUAGUUGCGCACACAAAUCAAAUCGAAUUGGCACAUAAAAAAGAGCCGAAAAAGCCAUUGGUCGAUCUACGCGAGAGAGGUAAAGUAAUCGGAAACAACAAUUCCGGUUGCUGGGGUGGCGAUAAAUGUACAAUUUAA